ACGAUAGAAAUAAAUGUAGUGAUGAAGGAGAAACGAGGACGAUUAGAACCGGGAAUGUUACCGUAACGUUAAGCAUAACACGGUAAAGGGAGUGUUGUUAUUUCCGCCACUCGAUCUGUCAAUCAUCAGACCACGCCCACAACAUGUCGGCAGUGUUUUUCAAGUGAACUACGCAGUUGAAUCUCCAACAUGUGGAUCCUCGGUUCGGUUCUGUUCUUUGUUCUGGUCGGUUCGUCUGUUUCUGGAACAUCAGAUCUGAUCAUCCCUGCUGAGCCUGGACAGAACGUCACUCUGAGAUGUGAAGAUACAAACAUCAAAAUCAACGAGGAUUUAGCUUUUGAGUGGACCAGAACUGACCUGAAGAAGGAUGAAUAUGUGUUUUUCUACAGGGAUAACAGUACUUUUCUUGAUGGUCAGCAUGAAUCUUUCAUGAACCGAGUGUCUCUGAAGGACCCUCAGAUGAAGGAUGGAGAUCUGUCUGUGGUUCUGAAGAAUGUGAACAUUGAAGAUUCUGGAACAUAUGAGUGUAGAGUCAAACAAGGAGAAGGAAGCAGACACAAGAGAUCUGUUUUAGAGUCUACUCCCAUCUCCAUCAUCAAUCUGCAGGUGCCUCCUCCAGGACAUGGUCAUCUUGGUCUGAUCGUUCUGUCAGGUCUUCUUCUUGCUGUUCUGGUUCUUCUUCCUGUUGUUCUCUGGAUCUCCAUGAAGAAAAAACUCUUCAGACCAAAGUUCCAUCAAGCAGCAGAAUCCUGAAGAUGAUGGUCUUAUCAGAGUUUCUUCAUCAUAAAUAAUCCCAGCUACCAUGUCAGCUGCAGCUGCUGUUGUGUUCUCUGGUGUUGAUCUGCUGCUUUGGUCUCCAUGAAUGCUGCCUCUCCUUCUUAACAUCAACCUGAAGGUCUCUUCUGUCCUGCUUUACAUCACAGUAACAUGGAGUCAUCCUCCAAUCACAGCAGCAUUCAAACAGACCCUCAGCAUUUCAACAUGGCCGCCUUAUUGCUAAGCAGCUGUUCUGAAUGUGCUAGCUCGCUAACGUUAAGGGUUCUUCAUGUCAGCACAUUGGACCAGAGUGAACUUUAAGACGUGAACAGAAACACCAGGAAUAACUGUUGAAGAGUUUCUGUUCCAUUGCAGAGUGGAGGAGUGUCUAGAAUGUUCUGAUCAGGAUGAUUGAGAAUGAUCUGAUGUUCAUCAUGUUCAUCAUGUCUGUGGAGAACUCACUGUUACUGCUUGAUCUGCUUUCUCUGGAUCAACUCAUGUCAACAUGUGGAUUUGUCUUCCUCUGAUGGUGAAGAAGCUGUUCAUCACUGCAGCUCAUCUUCAUCAUCUUUCUGCUGGAAUAAACACUUCUACACAC